AUGGUGCACUUCAGGACCUCCCGAAAGAAGUUGCCAUUAUCUAUCUAUCUAUCUAUCUAUCUAUCUAUCUAUAGCAGACUGUUCAUAUCUUUCUAUGUUCAUAUCUAUCUAUCUAUCUAUCUAUCUAUCUAUAGCAGACUGUUCAUAUAUUUCUAUGUUCAUAUCUAUCUAUCUAUCUAUCUAUCUAUCUAUCUAUCGCAGACUGUUCAUAUCUUUCUAUGUUCAUAUCUAUCUAUCUAUCUAUCUAUCUAUCUAUCUAUCUAUCGCAGACUCAGACUGUUCAUAUCUUUCUAUGUUCAUAUCUAUCUAUCUAUCUAUCUAUCUAUCUCAGACUGUUCAUAUCUUUCUAUCUAUCUAUCUAUCUAUCUAUCUAUCUAUCUAUCUAUAGCAGACUGUUCAUAUCUUUCUAUGUUCAUAUCUAUCUAUCUAUCUAUCUAUCUAUCUAUCUAUCUAUCUAUCUAUCUAUCUAUCUAUAGCAGACUGUUCAUAUCUUUUUAUGUUCAUAUCUAUCUAUCUAUCUAUCUAUCUAUCUAUCUAUCUAUCUAUCUAUCUAUUUAUCGCAGACUGUUCAUAUCUUUCUAUGUUCAUAUCUAUCUAUCUAUCUAUCUAUCUAUCUAUCUAUCUAUCUAUCUAUCUAUCUCUCUGACUUUUCCAGACACACCACCUUUGGGGCCAAUAUAUUAUUCCCACAUCCCCUCUGUCUAA